AUGCACACCCCGCGCACCGGUGAGGAAACACCUAAGACUCCCAGAACCCAGAAGUGCUAUCUGGAGGAUCCGAUGGAGGAGUCGCCUAUCAAGCAGCCAAUGAUCGACGGCAGGGAACAUGAGCUGGUUCACCGAUUCGCCAACGAUAAGUGCCUCAGGAUCAACGCAAGCAAGACCUUGAGCGAGUCCGGAUCUCAGAGCGACUCAGAUGACGAGGCGCAUGCUGAGUUGCCGCAACCACCAGAGUAUUGGAGAAAGGACACGGAGGAUUGGGUUCUCAAAGGCUUUGCUGAAGCUCGAUCUGAGUUGGUCGAAGAUGAGCGCGAUGAGGGUUUGGUAUACGACGACAUCAACCCCUACCAGGCCGACAUUCAGAGCAAGGAUACUAUUCCUGCGAAGCAGAACAGCACCGCCAAGGACAACACAUCCGACCGGGUCAGCGGCACUGCCUUCGUGCGCCAAGCCAGAGAAAAUGCCGAAGUGCGAGCGGUGAUGGCUGGAGUAUGUCAUUCGCUAGAGAACCCUGAACCUCUGGUGCCGCAAGAUUGGAACGAGCGGUUGGUUGAAAAACGUGUGCGGCGAGGAUGUCAGCUGAUUCUUCGUCGGCAAGGACGCUGA